CCUUAUGCUUCUUAUUUAUUCCACUUUUUAGGUAGAAAUGGCAAUGAUGUUUGUAUCAUUAAGAAGAGUUGCUGUAUUCCAAAAUAGCCUCCCUGUUUAUUUUAAGGCAGUGUCAGCAUUGAAAGUGCACAGUGGACCACCGCCACAUCCACAGCUUCUUCCUGACAUUGACUUCACUGAGCUUAGAGAUCGCCUUGAGAAGGAAGAUGUGAUCCUUAUUGAUGUGAGAGCGCCAAGUGAACUGGAGAAACUUGGUGCUGUUCCUGAUGCCAUCAACUUGCCGUUGCGAACGUUGGGACAAACGAUUCUAUUGCCAAAAGAAGAUUUCGAGGUUCGCAUGGGCAUAAAAAAGCCUGACUCUGAUGCCCCCAUUGCGACGAUGUGCAUGGCUGGUGUGAGGGCACGCACUGCUCAGCUCGCUCUCAUUGGUGCCGGCUACACCAACGUUAGGAGGUAUCGUGGCUCCUUUGAAGACUGGUUAGAAAAGGGCGGUGCUGUCAUCAAACCAGACAAUGAUGACAUCUGAUGCAUCGUGCUUCAUGAUUGACGUCGAUAUCUGUUAUGUAUCUGUGUCAAAUUUUAUGGUUAAAAAACAUAAUUAUGUUAUGCGACGCCCUCGGAACUUCGGAAGUUAUGUGAGUUAUGGCGUAUCUUGAUCUGCUGAGAGGAAGUCUUUAACUCUCAAGUGUCGCGUGUUCUAAAAAUUACGUUAAAUUCAGCGGGUGAAUGAUCACCGAGUAUAAAAAAAAAAAAAAAACGAACCAAAUUCGUUAACUAAGACUGUUUAAGAUUUUUUUUAUAUUUGGGGGUAAGACUUGUGGUGACAAAGGCACCCACCAGCCUGAUCUCUGUCAGAAUCCUGUUUUCGAUGAUCAGCACGCAAGUAAACCAAAAUAUUGAAUAGUCCAAACACGUUAAUUGACGUUCGCUGCCAAAUGACCUCUCGUGAGUUUGGCAUAUUCCAUUGCAUAUGAUGAUUAAUUAGAGCAGCAAAGCUAAAAUGUUGCUGGAAUUAUUGUAAUUACGAUGUUUUUUUACUCUGCAUUAACUACUCGUACAUAGUGCAUAAAGCCAUCUAUCUGUGAUUGUAAAUAGAUAAUAAAAUGUUUGUGAUUGAAUAAAUUUGCUACUUUA